CAGAUAUGGAGGAAAUGGUGAUCUGGGAACAGUACACGGUGACGCUCAGCAGAGAUCCCAGAAAGGGCUUUGGCAUUGCGAUCUCAGGUGGCCGGGACCGUCCCAACAACUUUGAUGGAGACACCUCAAUUAUAAUCUCCGACAUAGUACCUGGGGGACCGGCUGAUGGUCGACUCCUGAACCGGGACAAGAUCGCCAUGGUGAACGGUCUCUCCAUGGAGAACGUGUCAUCGUCUUUCGCCAUACAGACCUUGAAAAGCUGCGGCAAAGUGGCCAACAUUACAGUGAAAAGGCCCCGGAAAAUCCAUCUCCCAGUCACCACCCAGCCCAAGAGCCAACCACCUUCCGCUUCACGAUCAGCCAAUGCUGGACGCUCCGACUCAGAUGAGGAGUAUGCUUACCAGGCUGACAAGUCCUUGCCACCCGGUCCCGGUAGACGUCUCGGCUACAGCCCGCGCCAGGCUGAAGCUGAUCAUAAUCGAGGCUAUGAGGGCGACUCCUCCAGUGAGCGGAGCUCUGGCCGCUACCGCGAUGAAGGCGAUUCUCCCCGCAGGCAGCCAGUCCGGAGCAGGAGGCGAAGCCAAGAUGGGAGCCACAGGAGGCGGAGUCAAGACAGCGAUUCUGACCGGCAGCCUUUCACCAACGGCUACAGCCACAGAGGCAGCGCUAGCGGGUUGGCAUUGGUGUCCGGAUUCAAGAGGUUGCCGAAGCAGGAUGUUCCCAUGAAACCUGUCCGAUCGACCCUGGUGAAGAGCAAAGAGAACGAAGAAUAUGGCUUGAAACUGGGGAGCCAGAUUUUCAUCAAGCACAUCACGGACACAGGACUGGCCGCCAAGGAUGCCUCACUGCAAGAGGGGGAUCUCAUCCUUAAGAUCAACAGUGUGGCCAGCGAGAACAUGUCCCUGGAGGAGACGCGGCGCCUGAUUGAGAAGUCGGAUGGGAGGCUGACCUUGCUUGUCUUGCGGGACAACAGUCAGUUCCUAGUCAACAUCCCCGAAGUGAGAGACAGCGACAGCGGAAGCUCCCGGCUGGAGGACAUCUCUGAUCUGGACUCGGAGACCUCAAUGCCUCCCCCAGUGGAGCAUCCCCGGCCACCCCCUGAUUCUCCGCAGAGGACUUCUUUCCCGUCAAGAAAAGAUUCCAGCAGGGAGGAGGUGGUGCCGGUGGAGGAGUUGACCAUCUUGCCAGUUAUUGAUGUCCAAGAAACCCCUGUGAACAACAAUGCCGUCAGCUCCAACACCCUCCCUUUUCAAGAUGGUGUUGAAGGGUACAGCCCAGACGCUAAGGUGGUGUGUUUCAUCAAGGCCAAGAGCAUUGGGCUGCGUCUUGCUGGGGGCAACGACGUGGGCAUCUUUGUGGCCGGAGUGCAGGAGGGAAGCCCAGCUGAGACCCAAGGCAUCAUGGAAGGGGACCAGAUUCUCCAGGUAAAUGGCAGAGUUUUCCACAACCUAACACGAGAGGAGGCUGUUCAGUACCUCCUGGAGCUAAUGCCAGGCGAAGAGGUGACUCUGCAUGUUCAGAAUAAGCAAGACCUCUACAGGAAGAUGAUCAAGUCCAACGUGGGGGAUUCCUUCUACAUCCGCACCCACUUCGACUUUGAGAAGGACACACCUUCCGGGCUGAGCUUCACCCGCGGCGAGGUCUUCCACGUGCUGGACACCAUGUACCGGGGCAAAGUGGGGAGCUGGCUGGCUGUACGGAUGGGAAAGGGGCUCCAAGAGCUGGAUAAAGGCAUCAUCCCAAAUAAGAAUAGAGCGGAGCAGAUUGCCAGCCUGGAGAGCGUCUUGAAAGCCACGGCCAGUUCCUCGGGGGCCCGGGCUGAGUUCUGGAAGCUGCGGGGCUUGCGAGGGGCCAAGAAGAACCUGCGCAAGAGCCGGGAGGACCUCUCUCUUCUCACCAAGCAGGGCCGCUACCCGCCUUACGAGAGGGUCGUGCUCAGGGAAGCAACUUUUAAACGGCCGGUGGUAAUUCUGGGCCCCAUCGCCGACAUCGCCAUGCAGAAGCUGAGUGCUGAGAUGCCGGAUCAGUUUGAGAUCGCUGAGAGUGUCUCCAGAGAAGGAGGAUCUGCAAAAGUCAUCAAGUUGGAUUCGGUGCGGCAAAUCGCUGAGCAGGAGAGGCACGCCUUGCUGGACAUCACUCCUGCAGCAGUGGAGCGUCUCAACUACGUGCAGUACUUCCCGAUCGUGGUCUUCUGUGACCCUGACAGCCGCCAGGGGGUGAAGGCCAUGCGGCAGUGGCUGGUGCCCGACUCCAAGAAAAGCUCCCGCCGCCUCUACGCUCAGGCCACCAAAAUGCGCAAAAACUGGAGCCACCUCUUCACGGCCACCCUCAGUCUCGCGGGGAGCUCCAACAGCUGGUACCAGAGCCUCAAGGACAUCAUCCACACACAGCAAGGCCGGCCCAUCUGGACAACGGAAGAGCAGGUGGACGCCCCGGCUAUGGAAGGCUUAGAAAUGCUAAGCCAGCCCCUUGCUGGCAGUUCCGGUUACCUCACCUGCGACAGCCAGGCCAACAGUGACUACGACGAAACGGACGCGGAGGGCGAGGCGUACACGGACCAGGAGCUCGAUGAACCCUACGAGGAACAGGCUCUGGCUCGCUCUUCAGAGCCCGCCGAGCAAAGCCAGGAGCUGGACUUGAGCAAGCGGGUGGCAGCCGCUCUGGCGUACCCCAUCGACCAGCACGAAGGUGACCAGCAGCCCCAGGGGCAGUGGAGACAAGACUAUGACAUCAGGGAAUACGAACACCAAGCUCUCCGGAAGAAGUUCACGCAGGCUCAGGCCUACGAAUCUGAAUCGGACCAGGACUACGGUUACGACUGGGGGCCAGCCACAGACCUGUGACCUCCCCGUCCCCAUCCCCGCAACAUCUCCCCUGUGCCUUCUCCAUCCCCCUCCAAAAAACCUUUAAAGACUUUUGCAUCCUACGCAGGGGGGGAAAGGACAUUUUCGGCAAGCUCUUCUUCCUUUUGCAGCCCUGCGCCUUUGUGAGAGGCUCGCCAAGGGGACUUUUCUGGCGCGAGGGUGAAGAUGGAGCACCUUCCCCUCAGCUGAUGUCUUCUACCCUGCAGGGGUAACCUGAGCGUGGCCUCCUUUCCUCAGGCCCCAGAAAAUAGGCUGCUCAAUACCUCCCGCUUCUCAGGUGAAAAUCUGGCCACCUUUCCCGUUUUCCUCAGAGGCCGAGGACACAGGGAAGGUGCCAGAGCUCUCUAUGGUACUGCGUUGGUCCCACUUCACUUGUUGCCUGGCAUGGGAGGUCUGAGGAGAAGGGGGAGUCCAGGAGAACUUUCCCCUCCCCAUUCUCUUGGGGAGCUGCGUGUUCCGUCCAUGGCCUCCGGCGCCCCUUGUUCUCGACUUGCAGGAUUCGUCCUGCAGGCUGCACAAGCAAAGCCAGGCUUGAGAAUGCGUAACUGAAAGAACCACAACUACCUGUCAUCUUUUUAACAGUACGAUCGCCACUAUGUAGACCUUUUUGUAUGGAUUGUUUUUAGCUAUGCAGCAUCUCCCACCAAAUAUGGGCUUUUUAAAUAUAUAUACACCCCAACUUCGUUAUCAGUCUGGAGGCUGCCUAGCCUCAGGUCGGCCCAGCGAAGCCCUCUACUUGCGAUGCACGAUGUUUGCUUUGUAAUAAAGAAAUCUUUGAGUUGUGUCGCA